AUAAAAAAAUUCAUCAUUCCACAUAAUUCACCUUUAAAAGGUGCUUGGGACUGGUUAAUUCUUGUUCUCGUGUUGUACGUGGCUGUUUUAACGCCAUACAUGGCCGCUUUUAAGCCUUAUGAAAAUGGAUUUAAUUUUACUGAUUCAAAACAUAAUUUUCAACCUAGUCCAAUUUAUUUCAGGUUCAUCGGACAUUUUUUCUCGGACCCAUUCCUUAUCAUAGAUUCUAUCGUAGAUUUCUUGUUUUUCCUCGACAUGUUAUGCAACUUCCGAACAACUUAUCUCGAUAAUGGAGAAGUUAUAACUUGCCCAAAAAAGAUAGCCAUUAAUUACUUGAAACGUUGGUUUAUCAUUGAUUUCUUAUCUGCUGUCCCAUUUGAUGUUAUUGUUACGUUAUACAAGAAAAGUGAUACAGUGACAGCCACCAGUUUGAUGAAAACCGCCAGAUUAUUGCGCUUAUUUCGAGUUGCGCGCAAAAUGGAUCACUAUUCAGAGUAUGGAGCAUCAUUGCUGCUGCUUUUCAUGGCAAUGAUUACAUUGUUGGCUCACUGGUUGGCCUGCGGUUUCUACAUACUUGCAGAAAGUGAACGUCUUUCAUUAAAACAUCCGAUUGGAUGGCUGGAUUAUUUAGCGAAUAAAACGGGGAACUACUAUUAUGCCAACAAUUCGAACAGCGGUCCUGACAUACACUCCAAAUAUAUUACCUCGUUAUAUUUCACUUUCACUAUUUUAACCAGCGUUGGCUUCGGUAACAUAGCACCGGUCACAGACUGGGAGAAAACGUUUGCUAUAGGAGCUAUGAUAAUCGGCUCAUUAGCGAAUGCUGCCAUUUUUGGGAAUGUAGCCACAAUAAUGCAUCGGAUGUACAGAGGGAACAAGGAGUUCCACGACAAGAGUGCCAGCAUCAAAGAUUUCAUUAAGUUUCACAGAAUUCCAAAAAUGUUGUCCAGCAAACUUCAAGACAUCACACAGGAAGACUGGUGGCAAACUAAUGGCGUCGACAUGAACAAGGUUUUACAAAGCUUCCCCGAAGGUUUGCAAGCAGACGUUUGUCUUCAUACAAACAGGAUUCUUUUCUCUAAAUUUUCUGCAUUUCAAUCGGGCAGUCCAGGUUGUCUACGUAUGUUGUCGGUUCGAAUAAAAUCUGUUCAUUUUCUUCCUGGCGAAGAAAUAAUACACCAAAAUGAUUUGACUAAGGCCAUUUAUUUCGUGUUACGAGGAACUAUAGAAAUUUCAAAAGAAUGCGUUGUUGUUGCUAUAUUAACUAAGAACGACACGUUUGGAGAAUGUUCAAAAACUCUUGAAGACAAAAUUAAUUUAUCAUCGUGUUUGGGAUUCAGAUCUAAAUAUUCAGUCAGAGCACUCUCCUAUUGUGAUAUCCACAAAAUCGCUAUUUCGGAUAUUGUUGAUGUUUUCAGAGUUUACCCGGAAUUCGCUAGUGAUUUCUGCAAAAAAUUUGUUGUUACGUUCGAUAUCAAUUCCGAAGUUAGUUUUACUGGUCUAUUUAUAUUUUGA